AGAUUGUAGAACUGAAGCCAUGUUCCAGGAACCAACUAUGUGGAUAAAAAAAGAGGAAACGGAUGAAGUACAAACUGAGUUAUGCUCUAUGUUUCUUGAAGACCCAUUAAAGACUGACAGCCUUAGUGUUUGGGUAAAGCAAGAUCCUGAACUGAAACAAGAUGCUGAUGGAUCUGAGCAUAAUCCUGUUAAAGACCCACUGGGAAUAUCUUGGUCCACUGAUUUUAUCAAGAAGGAUCCUGAAUUAAAUUUGGAAAUGAAUGUAACAGAGAAUAUUGUGGAAACCUCAACAAGAUACACAUCUGCUACAGCAAGAUUGACUCAGAGUACUGGUGGGAGGUGUGAAGUAUCAUGUGAAGAAACAUGUCACCAUAGACAGGAUGAGUUUGUGAUAGACAUGGAGAAGUCAACACACAAGUUUGGUACCUGUACAGAAGAUGUGACUGUUGAUGAGGAAUGCUCAGUUGCCACCAGAUAUGACUGUAGUAUGAGGGAAAAGGAAUUUCAUGUAUAUAGCUGUAAUUCCUGCCAACAGAGCUUUCCUUCAAAAUACAGACUCAUAAUGCAUGUGUUUAUGCACAUUGAUGGCACACAACCACCUUUGUAUGUUUGCAAGUGGUGUGGUGAGGUAUUUCACAGUAAUGUUAGUUUGAAAAAACAUUUAAGAAUGAGUGAGAAAUAUCAUGUCUUAAUUGCUGGCAACCAUGAAAAAUAUGGCUAUAUUGAUGAGCAUCAAAGCAGUAUCUUCUUGGAUAGUUUGCCAGAAGUUUCUGCUACACAACACAAUGAGCAGUCUUCAUGUAAGGAAACUUGGAAAGCUUCAAAGAAGUCUUCUAAUGACAUGUAUAACACACACAUGACAAAUGAUGCAGAGAAAACAGUUGAUUAUGGAAAUUUAUCUACAGCUGUUAAUUUCAGUGCCCAGGCUGAUCUAAUUACUGCAAACAGAACUGACAAAUAUGGUAUUUGUGGCAACUUGUUUGGUAGGUCACAUCAUCUCAAGAGAGAGAAACUAAUUCACAUUGGAAAGAAACCCCACAAAUGUGAGAUUCGUGGGGAAUCGUUUGCUCAGUCAAGUCAUGUCAAUACACAAACAUUAAUUCACAGUGGAAAGAAACCUCAUAAAUGUGAUAUUUGUGGGAGGUGUUUUUCUUCGUCUCACAAUCUCAAGAGACAUGAAUUAAUUCACGCUGAAAAGAAACCUCACAAAUGUGAGAUUUGUGGGAAAUCCUUUGUUAGGUCAGACGAUCUCAAGAGACAUGGAUUAAUUCACACUGGAAAGAAACCUCAAAAAUGUGAGCAGUGUGGGAAAUCUUUUGCUCGGGCAGGCAAUCUCAAGUUACACUUCUUAAUUCACACUGGACAGAAACCUCAAAAAUGUGAGCAGUGUGGGAAAUCUUUUGCUCGGGCAAGCAAUCUCAAGUUACACUUAUUAAUUCACACUGGACAGAAACCUCACAAAUGUGAGUUUUGUGGGAAAUCUUUUACUGUGUUAUGCUAUCUCAAGAAACAUACAUUAAUUCACACUGGAAAGAAACCACACAAAUGCGAUAUUUGUGGGAAAUCAUUUGCUAGGUCAGGCGAUCUCAAGAUACACGGAUUAAUUCACACUGGAAAGAAACCUCACAAAUGUGAGAUUUGUGGGAAAUCUUUUGUUAGGUCAGGCGAUCUCAAAUUACAUGGAUUAAUUCACACUGGAAAGAAACCUCACAAAUGUGAGCUGUGUGGGAAAUCUUUUGUUCAGGCAGGCAAUCUCAAGUUACAUUUAUUAAUUCACACUGGACAGAAACCUCACAAAUGUGAGUUUUGUGGGAGAUGUUUUACUUUGUCACACCAGCUCAAGACACACGAAUUAAUUCACACUGGAAAGAAACCUAAGAUAUGCGAGAUUUGUGGGAAAUCUUUUGCUGGAGUAGGCGGUCUCAAAAGACACACAUUAAUUCACACUGGAGAAAAACCCCACAAAUGUGAGAUUUGUGGGAAAUCUUUUAUUAGGUUAUGCCAUCUUAAGGUACACUCUGUAAUUCACACUGGAAAUAAACCUCACAAAUGUGAGACUUGUGGGAAAUCUUUUACUAGGGCAGGCAAUCUCAAGACACAUUGGUUAAUUCACACUGGAAAGAAACCGCACAAAUGUGAGAUUUGUGGGAAAUUUUUUGUUAUGGCAGGUGGUCUCAAGAUACAUGGAUUAAUUCACACUGGAAAGAAACCUCACAAAUGUGAAAUUUGUGGGAAAUCUUUUGUUACGUCAAGCAAUCUCAAGAAACAUUUAUUAAUUCACACUGGAAAGAAACCUCACAAAUGUGAGAUGUGUGGGAAAUGUUUUGCUCAGGGAGGCAGUCUCAAGACACAUGCAUUAGAACACAUUGGAAGGGGACAUCACAAAUGUGGUAUCUGUGCCAAAAGUUUCACUUAAUUGGGUACUCCCAAGACACAUGCAUUACUUCACAUAAGAAAGAAAAUACAAGUAAGUGUUAGUUUACGCAAAUAGGUUUUCCUGGUUUGUGCCCUCAAGGCCUGUAAAAUAAUGGAUGUAACAGGGGGACAAUAAAUUGUAAUGCCUGUGAAAUAACAUUAAAAUGUGUUAGAAAAAAAAGUGUGCUAUGAUACGUACUAUAGAGUGGUAACAGAUAAUGUGACAAUAUAAAAAUCCAUAUCAGCAGGUUGAGAUGUCAAGAAAUUCUAUUAGUAAAUACUCCUGAAACAUGAAUCAAAUGUGUUUUUGUCAUUAACACUACAGCUUUCCCAGUCAAUAUUGAGACAAAAAGAUUGUGAAUUGUGAUAAAUCCUUACCUUCUUCAGUAAUCAUAAGGACCAUGCAAUAUUCAGUAGAAGGCCAAGAAAAUGUGAUGACUUCCUGCUUGUUAUACGAAAUGUAGUACUUGUAGCUCUGCAUUUUAGAAAGAGCGAGAGCAAGAAUGUAUUUAUAGCAUUUCUUUCACUCAGGCUAGUAAACUCACCACUGGAGAAACAUAAUUAUGGCAAUUAUUUUACUCAGGUAUGUUUUAUCAAGUGAUUUGGUAUAUAUAUUAUUAAUAGUGUGUACAUUUAUGUUCUGUUGUUACUAAUCCUGCAUUAGUAAACUUAACAAGAAAUAUAGCAACCUGCUUACUAGCAUGUUUGUCCACAUUUGGAACACAAUACAUCGACAGUUCUACAUGAUAUGGACUUGACACAUUGUUUUCAUGUCUCUGGAUGUAUAUUGCACCAGUUGUAUUCCACAUAUUCAAAUCAGCUAAAUGGUGUGGUCGAGACAUCAGUGUUAGUUACCAUGCUACUCAGGCCACUGUGGAGUCGUUCUGCACAUGACACGGACAGUUAUCCUGCUGAAAGCUGCCUUCACUGUGGGAGAGCACAUCAGUCAUGAAGGAAUCCUUGUAGUUCCAAUAAAGAUCACAUAGUCUGCAACUGUCAUGUUGCAUUAAAUUAUUACCAGAUGUCCCAAAGUAGCCCAUAUCAUAAUGUGCCCCCCAUCUGGUGCCAUUCACCUAGUUGACUGCAUAUCUGGAUGUGGCAAUUGACCUGGUGUAACAGUAAAUGUCACACAUCCUGACAGUUGACAUUAGCAUUGACCUUCAGUCCAGCCUCAAUGAUCCCUUGCCCACUGCAGUUGCAAUUGAACAGUUUGGUGAAUUGGUAGAUAUGCCACACAUUGCCACAUGUCCAGCUUUACAGAACAGGUAAGCUUCUGAUCUCCAUGAUUUGUGAUGAAGUAUAUAAGUAUAAAUCUAUUUAUAAGGUUAUGGAUUUAUGACCUUUCAGCCACUUUUGAGGUGCUAGUUCCCAACUGCAACGCCACCUUAACCUGCCCUUUGCUAAUGUUACUUAUGUCAUUGGAUUUACAUGUUUGCAACCCAUCUAAUUGGUGGAACAAUUCCUUCUUAAUAUCUGAUCUGCUAUACUUGUAACCUGCUUACUGCAUCAUGUGUCUACAACAUGGCAUUCAUUCUCCCCACUUGUAGUGUUCAUGACAUUUUUGCUCAUCAGUACAUCUUCAUGUAAACUGGUCAGAUGUGAGAAUGUGUAGUCUAACAAAAUCAUUGUUUGGUUACCAUUUACACCACUGCACAAUAGCUAUAUUUUUUGUGAAAUUUUUUUGUUUCACAAAGCUCUGUACUUGAUUAAGAGAUAAAGUAGAUAAGUGUUAUGCACCAAAGCUCCUAAUUAUUUGUUCAGCAUGUAAUACUGUGUAAGUUAUACACAAAUUGAAAUUGGAAAACAAACAUUAGGUGUUACAGUUUGAUUCCAUGUAUUUGUAUACACAAGAACAACACAUGGGAGAGCUGUGGAC